AUGGACAGUCAAGCAACCACCAAAGAAAACCCCAACCAGAUAAAAUUCCAAACCGUCAAAAACGACGGAAGUCAGAAAAAUUUCAUCCUUCUCACCAACUUCCAAGAAAAGUCCGAGAAACCCUCUCUAGUAUGA